UUCAGCGCAUGCGUCAAACGCAUGCGUCGUUGUGUCAUAUAACCUGAAAAUUAAAAAUUUUAUGUUGCGGCUCCUAAGGCGACCAAACCGAAUGAGUUGUUUCAGAAAAUUUCAACUUCUGUUAUUAGUUUUAUCGUAUCGGGUUAAUGUUGGGAUGAUGAUGAACCCUCUCUCUCUUUCUAUUAUUAAAAACUGAUUAAUUGAGUUAUUGAUGAUUAACUUCUUUCACUUUUCACUAACCAUUUUCAUCAUCAUUUGAUUGACACUGAUUGACACGCCGCAACAGUUGUCAGUUCUGUGGGGAUCAUAACUUCUUCUUUUCCUUGAUGGCCAUCUCCCACAAAUGGCAUAGGGCAUGUGCCACCGGAUCAUAACCUCACACACGUCAACAUGACGUAUGACGUGCAACUCUGAAAACAAGUCUCGGAUGUUUAUCCAGUAAUCCAUUCGAAUUCGUGACAGCUAUAGUGACAUUUAACCGACCGGAAAUAGCGGCGGCGCCAUUUUCGGCCACAGACCACGGGGAGAGAGAAAAGACCCUAUACGGUUUUGAAGAUCCCCAUCCCCCCCUCUGGCGCGAUUAGGCAAAAAUCUAGGGUAUUUUCGAAAAAUCUUUGAAAAAAUUAAUUUCCAGAGCCGUGUCAGUGUAAGCACUCACUCUACCACCACGUUUUUGUUACGUCAAUCACCGUACACGCUGGAUUUGUGAAAAAGUUCAGUAGUAAUAUCAUAACCAUUUUAACUUAAAAAAAUGGUUCGAAAAUUGAAACAUCAUGAAAAGAAAUUGCUAAAAAAAGUCGACUUUAUUUCAUGGCAAGCUGACAAUAAUUUACACGAGGUCAAAAUCCUUAAACGUUAUCGCCUACUUAAGCGAGAGGAUUACACGAAGUACAACAAACUGGCACGUGAAAUUCGUGAUGUUGGACAGAAAAUCAAGGAACUGGAUCCUGAACAUCCAUUUAGAAUAGAACAAAGUGCAAUGCUAUUGGAGAAAUUGUACAUUAUGGGCUUGAUAGCUACAAAGUGGGAUUUGUCGUUAUGUCAAAAGGUUACAGCCAGUUCUUUCUGUAGAAGAAGAUUGCCAAUAGUUAUGGUGCGAAACAAAAUGAGUCAAGGUGUAAAAAUGGCGACGCAACUUAUUGAACAAGGUCAUGUGAGAGUAGGAACAGAAGUUAUCAAAGACCCAGCUUUUCUUGUCACAAGAAACUUAGAAGAUUUCAUCACAUGGACGGAUACAUCAGCGAUUAAGAAGCAUGUUUUGGAAUACAAUGGAUCACGCGACGAUUACGAUAUGCUAUAAAACGGAGUUCACGAGCCGAAAGGAACUGUAAGAUACAAAAUGUGAUCAAAAGGUCGAAUAGACAUAAUUGUUAUACUUUCCAUGAGAAGUCCAUCCAAAAGCUGAAGGAAUGGAUUGAUCUCAGCAAAAGCUACUAAAAGAGUCGAGCUCGAAUGCCCAAAACAUAUUUCACGGAUGCUGCGGUACCACGAAUCUAUGAAACCUAAUUACAUAUCAGCGUACAUUUUUCAAGAGUCCAUCGUUUGCGACAAAUAAACAGCAUAUGAAUGAAUAUUUUAAAACCCCACGAAUAAAAAAUGAAACUUCAGCGCACAA